AUGCCGCUGGCCAAGUCGUCAACGAGAAACUACUCCCCUGAUGCGAAAUCUGGGCCUGAAGGAAGAGGACGAUCUAUCAACCAGGCGAAUAGCCGGGACUUUGAUCGGUACUUACCCGGGACUGACUCUUCUAGUAAGACGGGGAGGCAUUGGCCAGCCUUGUUACUGCCAGCCUUGCUGACUGCGAGCGGGGUUGAGGCUGAACGUGCCGGCAUCGGUCGACUUCUCGUCCCAAACUUCUCUCAACGUUCGUCCGAUCUCCAUCCAUUCUCAUCAGUUUCUGUCAUGCUCAACGCAAAUAGCAAUAGCAACCAUGACACUGAAUCGUCGGUCGAGUAUGUCCUCCUUUGCGCUCUUCCGGAACUGUCGUUAAUCUGUUCAAGCAUUGUCGCUGUCCACGGGUUGGGCGCCCAUCCGAACGAUUACCUGGUGCAAGAAGCUAGACACUGGCGACGGUCAAGUCAGGUACUCAACUGGCUGAGCGAGCCCAGCAUGCUCCCGGCAGUGGUGCCUCGUGCGCGAAUAACGCGCUAUGGCUACGAUUCGCGAUGGUUCGGUGAAGAAGCAGUGAAGACAAAGGCCUCCGAUAUUAGUCGACCUGACAGAUUUGAGAGAGGUAAUAGACACUUUAUUCCAUUGCAAGACUCCGCUAAGAUUAAGUCACCUGGCAGGAUCACCAGCCAGCAUCGGCCGCUCAUUCUGAUCGCCCACAGCUUUGGCGGUUUAGUCGUCCUAAAGACGCUGGUGGAUGCAUGGACGGAACGUCAUCGCUGGCCGGGAAUCUACGACGCAACUGUCGGCCUCGUCUUCCUUGGAGUUCCUUUUCGAGGAACCCACGACUCACUUCCCCAAGGCGAGAUUAUCCGGCGAGUCUAUGAGCUUUUCACGGAAAGCCAGGUGCACGGAGACAAUCUUAGCAUUCUUAAGGCAGGAGGGGAGUCUUUAAUUGAUCUGGUGGACUUGUACCUCCGCAUCGCCCGACAGACAGCAAUGCCUAGGGUGGCGUGCUUUUAUGAGCAGAAGGCGACUCCGGUGGGCGCUAUCUUUGGAAAGAGCGUGGUAAAGGAAAUUCCACCUGUGAUACUAGUUAGCGAAAGCUCGGGAUGCCUCGAUCUGAAUGCAUCGUCGGAUAAAUGCCCAUUGCACAGAACACAUUUCGACAUUAACAAGUUUGGUGCACCUGACGAGCAAGGAUUUCGAGUCCUUCGGUCUGUCAUCCGGGAGAUGGCAAAGAGGCGUCCAGGGUCAGUCUCCAGCCAGACUCAGUGGACGUAUCAAGGAGAUCAAUCUCAACUGAUCAUGUCCAAAGCGCCCUUUCCUGGUGAAGGGUAUUUUGAAGUACCUCGAAUCGCCGUAGGUCGAUCUUUUGGUCGACGGAAGCUCGUGCAAGAACUGCAUGAUUUGCUUCAGCCGGGCGACGACCGGCCGUCAGUGGUUGUCCUGCAGGCUCUCGGAGGACAGGGAAAGACUCAGCUGGCGCUGGAAUAUUGCCAGCAGUGGCGGAAAGCUUUUCGCGGUAUUUUUUGGGUUGAUGCAAGCUCCGAGUCAACGGCUCAACAAGCAUUCGAGUCCAUCGCGUUGAAAUUGCGACACCCGGCCAAGCCAGUCUUAGAUGAUAUCUCGACAAAAAUCCAAUUUGUGCUGAACACAAUCCAGAGCUGGAAGGAACGCUGGUUGAUUGUGUACGACAACUAUCAUGAACCAGACUCUUUUCGUAAUGUUAAAGACUUCAUGCCUAUGAACGGGCGUGGGUCGAUCAUCGUCACCAGUCGGCAUACCGGAGCAGAGCGUCUGGGAAAGCCCAUUCAUGUUCCUUCAAUGAUCGAUGAUGGAGGAGUCGAGCUGCUCCUUCGAGAUUUGCCGGCCGAUGAGAUCGAGAAGAAUGAAACCGAGGCACACAACAUUGUCCAAUGA